AUGGUAGUCAACAACAAAUCUGCAAAUGUCCUCAAAAUCGGCGUCGUGUAUCCGGCAGACUCGGUUUCGCAGCUGGUCUAUGGCAUCCAGAUGGCAAUCAACGAGAUCAAUGCCAACACAUCCCUGCUUCCAGAUGCCACACUCCAGUUUGUGACACGAGACUCGGCCGGCAGCAUCCUGACCGGAACCGGACAAACCAUCAGCUCCAUCUGGAAUGACGGGGUCGUCGCCAUCAUUGGUGAUGGCACCAGCGACGUUACCGAAUACGAAGCCGUCAUUUCGGGCAUUUACAACAAACCGCAUUGCGGCCUCAGCACCGCCGCGAUUGAGCUCGGGUCGGCAACGCUCUAUCCAACCUUCUUUCGGAUGAUGCAAGGCGCCGACAAGCAGACGCAGCUCUUUGUCCAAUUCAUCAAGUCUCGCGGCUGGAAACGGUUUGCGAUUAUGUAUACCAGCGACACCUUUGGAAGUGGAGCCGCUGAUGCCGCCGAGACAGCUGCAUCUCAGCUAGGCAUCACCGUGGUGCUGAAGCAGGCCUUCUAUCAAGAUCAUCUGAAGCAACUGGCGCGCGACAAGACUAGUUUGAUUGAGCCACUCAAUAAUCUCAAGCAAAGCUAUGCCCGGAUCAUAUUGGUCCUAGCCACGGAGCCGUACACGGUUGACCUGUAUUUCAGUGCCAUGAACUCGACCUGGAAUAUGGUCGGCCCGGAUUAUGUUUGGAUGGGCCUCAACUUCCCUGGCAAUACCGUCGAUGAAAUCCAAGCCAUCCGCCCUGAUGCCGUCCGGAUGACUCAGGGCUUUAUAACCAACUAUGGCGCAACCAACGCCUGGACUCCUAGUGCCCUGGCCUGGAAUCAGCGCUACAGAGCGCUCUAUGGCAACAACAUAAAUGCCUUCGACACUGGAACACUGUACGAAGUCAACACGACCGAGUUUGACACAUUCUUCAACACAAGGGCUGCGUACGAUGUGAUCUAUCUCUUUGCAAUAGGAUGGACCCGUCUACUGGCCACCAAUGCAUCCUGGUCGUCCGGCAACAUCGUCAAUGGCACAGUUCCUUACUCGCCUCCAAGCGUUUAUCAAAGCUUCAGCUACGCUGGCGCCAUAGGACAAAUUAUCUGGGACGGAAAUGGAGUCGUGACUACAUACAAUCUGAUUGCCGGAAACGGGACGAACUUCUUUGACUCGAGCGAGCUCGUUGGUGUCGGAACGUCGCUGGGCGUCAACGUCAACUGCAGCGGCUGUGGAUUCUGGGAUUUCGACUAUCAACAAAGGGUUCCUCCAGACUCACCAACUACUCUGGACUGCGAUCCAGGUUGGGAGCAAAUCACGUUUAAUGGCCAGCUCAUCUGCGCUGUCUGUCCCAAUGUCUGCAACGGGAACAACGUCCAUGUCAGCGUCGGAUACUGGCAGGACCCCAGUGCAAACAUGUACAACCGCAUCGCAUUCAGCAAGAGCUUUUACUUUUGCGGACCGUCGAGCGGAUGUUGCUCUCGUGAUCCGUACAUGGACAUACCAUGCACUGUCGGGAACCAGUGCCAGGCCAAUUUUAGCGGAAUACUGUGCAGCGCCUGUGAUCCAGGGCUCUACGAAUGGAAUGGAAAAUGCGUCGACUGCACAAACAACACAUUUGGCAGCUUUCUGCUCGCCAUCUACAUGCUCGGCUACUUUCUCAUUGUGGUCAUCAUCUACAUCUUCCCGAAGGAGGCCGAGAGCUUCCUCGACGAUUUGAUUUUGAUAGUCCAGAUCUCGUCGACGCUGCUGGCUGCAGAUGGUGGGCCAAGCAUUAUGUCGUCUAUCCUCAAGUUCUGCGCGCUGCAGAUGAACAUGCCAUUUGUCCAGAAUGUCUGCCUUGCGCCGAUCGGGCCAUUCCUCAAGAUGCUCUCAGGGUUCAUCAUACCCUUCUUGAUCAUGUUCUCGCUACUGUUUCUGCUCCUUGUUACGUACAUCAUCAAGGCAAUCGGCAAGGGCGGGCAGGUCUUGAGCACGCGGCUCCUGAGGCAUCUCAAGGGAAAUGUCAGAAACAAUAUCUACUCGACGACCUUUGCGCUGGCACUGUUCUGCUUCAUCCCAACUCUCGAAACAGCCAUGGAAAUUCUCUCCUGCCAGUCCGUCGGGUCCGUGUCGGUCGUGCGCUUGUAUCCAGCUGUAACGCUGACCAUCUCGGCGCUCUUGGACCAGUGCUGGAGCCCCGAGCACACAGGCGCCGCAGCCGUGUCGAUCAACAUCAUCGUAAUCUCUGGGCUCGUGAUCCCGGUCGUCGCGCUCAUGGCUCUGCGACGAAUAUCGCCAGCAGCCCUACCAGGCAGCACCCUCACCCUCGACCACACCGCUCCAUACUACUUCCUAUACGGGGCGUACAAACUCGAGUACCACUGGUGGCUUCCAGUGGAUCUGAUCGAGCGCACCACUAUCGUGGCUAUUUCUGUGCUUCUUGGGGCUGACGACUUUCAUCGGGCGCUCUUCUUGGUCUUCAUCGUCUGGUUCUGGCUGCUUGUGAGGAUCUUUUUCAUGCCGGCCAAGACCAUUGUCGAUAACUCGGUCAAGAUUAUUGGGUAUAUCAGCAUCAUAAUCCUGGGUGGAUUCAAACUGGAGGCGAUUGCCAUGAACACUGGCGGGCUGCAGGCUGUUGACUGCAGCACAUACAGCCUGGCCUUCUUCAUCCUGCCCAUCUGCAUUUUGCUGCCCAUGAGAAUAUUCUUGAUGCUUCCGAAGCGGAUCAAGUUUUAUGUUAUCAAAAAGUGCGGACUCGCUCCAAAGGUCGAUCGCUAUGCCACAACCGAUGAUGGCACCAUCAAGAGGAGCGACCGCGACCAGAAGGAGAGAGGAGCGACAAAACAACAGGACGAUGUACUGCCGGGCCGCGCAAACAGUAUUUUUGACGAGCUCCGUCUGAGCCACGAAAACCUCUGACUGGCUUGUGCAGGGUCCAAUUGGGAUGGAAUCAAGCAUACCAUGCUCUGCUUGGCAAUGCACUCUGCCCUCCGCUUGAUGGAGCUCGACCGACCCAAUGCGACGAUCACCAUUUGGCCAUAGACAGCCGGUACGCUCAGUCGUAGUCCGGUACAAAAUGCGGUCUUCUGGAAUCAACGUUCUUGCUUUAUUUGAAAGUCAGCGAGUCGAUUGGACAGCAAAUAAAUCAUUGCAUCGAUGGAGUCUACCGCGACUCAGAUGGAGUCUACCGCGACUCAGGCACCAUAUACGUCAGAGCGCCGUUACAACUUGGAUCGGCCUUUGAUGCCGUAGAGAUCGAUGCCG